ACGCGCUCGCACCGCACGCACGGCCAGGUCCACAGUCAAAGCAGAGCUGAGCGCCUCGACAGAGAAUGCAGAGCCACACCACACGCGCUCCGGCGAGCCUGCUGCACCGCAGCACGGCUGCCGCAGGCAGCUCUGGCAGGCCUUCUCCGUCGCCUUCGUGGCUGCCGCCGCCUCGGCCCGAGCAGCAGACGGCACUGGUGGUGACCGUGGACUCGGACAUGGUGGUGAUCCUGGCGUCGCUGCUGUGCGUCCUCGGCCUGGCCCUCCUCUCCCGGCGCGCUUGCCGCCGCCGACCCUCCGACCACUAUCCUCCUCCCCCCAAGGGCCUCAAGAGGAAGGCCAUCGACGCGCUCCCCACCGUCUCCUUCUUCGCCGCGGCCGCUUUGUCGUCGUCGCUGGAGUGCGCGAUAUGCCUGGCGGAGUUCGCCGACGGGGAGGCCGUGCGCGUGCUCCCGGGAUGCGGCCACGGCUUCCACGCCGCCUGCGUCGACGCCUGGCUCCGGACACGCGCCACAUGCCCAUCCUGCCGGGCCGCCAUCGUUGCCACACCCAUGCAGAUGCAGGUACAGCCAGCUGCGGCGGCGCCCACCGUGGUAGUCGUUGUGGCAGGGAGUAGCAGGUGCGGGAGAUGUGGCGAGGUGACGGCGCCGGCCGGUGCACGCGCUACCGAUGCCGCGUUCUUGGCUUAGUCAGGUUUGUAGGUACUGUUCUUGUGCUUCAUUUUACCCCGACUCUGCUUUUUAUGAGGUAGCUGUUGUUUGCAGCUCCUCUGUAAAGCAAAACUUGUGGUGUCUAAGAUUUCAGUUUGACUCUAAUGCUAGCUACCGUGGCAUUUGCUCCUAAUAAAAUGACUAGUCCAAG